AUCGAGAAAGACGAUAAAACUAGAUUUAAUAAAGGAGAGACUGUAGAUAUUCCUAAUGAAAUUAAUGAAAUGCUCAGACAAGAUUAUAUUACAGCAAAAGACAUUCUUAAUACUGCACAGGAAAUUGCUAAGUGUCUUGGAUUUGCAGUAACAAUCAAAAACAGUAGUUGUCGCCAUUUAUAUCUUCAAUGCAAAUGUGGCAGUCAACCCUGUAAUACCUCAAAUUUGACAGUAGACACGCGCAAAAGAAAGAGAAUGAGUAAACGUUGUAGAUGCCAAUUUCUUUUAAAGACAGUACUACAAAAUUUUAAAUGGCACGUUACUGAAAUAAUAAAUAAGCACAAUUAUCCUAUGACCAAAGAUGAAAGAAUUUUCCAUGAAUAUCGUCAGUUAACGCAGGAAACAAGAAGUGCGGCUGUGCGAAUGUUGAAAGCAGGAGCAAGACCGA